AUAUUAUAUUAGAUGCCUAUCAGUAUAUCCAAUAUAGAGAUACAAUACUGCUUUGAAGAAGGUUUUAGAAUAUCUAACUUAAGCUUCAAAGGCGGACUCCUGGGAGUUAAACCAAAAUGCAAAUAUCUGUAAUAAGGUUUGUUGCUUUUUGUCUGGCAUUGGCUUGCGUCGGAGCUGAGUCCUCAAUAGAACAACCAUACAGGACUGCCUACCAUUUCCAACCUCCUAAAAACUGGAUGAAUGAUCCAAAUGGACCAAUGUUCUACAAGGGAGUCUAUCAUCUGUUUUAUCAAUACAAUCCAUAUGGUCCCUUGUGGGGUAACAUUACAUGGGCUCAUUCGGUAUCAUAUGAUCUUGUCAAUUGGCUUCAUCUUCCUCAAGCACUUUCCCCUACAGAUCCUUUUGACAUCAAAGGUUGCUUUUCUGGUUCAACCACAAUCCUUUCUGACGGAAAACCAGCCAUUCUAUACACUGGCGUUUACGCUAAUGACAGUCAGGUCCAAAACCUGGCUUUGCCUGCGAACCUAACUGAUCCAUUCCUAACAGAAUGGGUGAAAUCUCCUCUAAAUCCUUUAAUUAUCCCCAUUGAUGGCAUUGAUCCAAAGAAUUUUAGGGAUCCCUCAACUGCCUGGCAAGGUCCUGAUGGAAUAUGGCGGGUCAUUGUUGGAGGCCACCAAAAUGGACAGGGAAAAGCAAUUCUAUAUCAAAGCAAAGACUUUGUUAACUGGAUUAGGAGUACAAAUCCACUUCGUUCAUCAGCAAAGACCGGAAUGUUUGAGUGUCCUGAUUUCUAUCCUGUUAGCAUAAAUGGAAAUUAUGGAAUUGACACUUCUUCACAAGAUAAACUUACCAAGCAUGUGCUAAAGGCAAGCUUCAAUGGAAAUGAUUACUACAUAUUAGGAAGUUACACACCCCAAACAGACAACUUCUCAGCUGAAAGUGACUUCUUGGAUAGUAGUUUUGAUUUUCGAUAUGAUUAUGGUAAAUUUUAUGCUUCCAAGACGUUUUAUGACAGCUCUAAGAAGAGGCGAAUAUCAUGGGGCUGGAUAGCAGAGAUGGAUGGUGAUGCAAAUGCCCUUGAGAAAGGAUGGUCAGGGCUUCAGUCAAUUCCUAGAAGCAUUCUGCUCAGUAAAACUGGAAAGCAAUUGAUUCAAUGGCCAAUCAAAGAGAUUGAGACUCUUCGUGCUGAGAAUGUAAGCAUCCAGGAGAAGCAGCUGAAGGGUGGAUCAGUUCUUGAAGUUUUGGGAGUAACAGCUUCACAGGCCGAUGUAGAAGUAGCAUUUGAUUUAACCAAUUUGAAGGAGGCCGAAUUCAUGGUCCCAGAUGGCGUUGAUCCUCGAGCUUUGUGUAGCCAACAGACGGCAUCAUUUCGAGGUAUGGUUGGGCCAUUUGGAUUGCUAGUUUUAGCCUCUCAAGGUUUGACAGAGCAAACUGCAGUCUUAUUUCGCAUCUUUAGAAGCCAUGAAAAAUAUGUUGUACUCAUGUGUAGUGAUCAAAGCAGGUCUACAUUUAGGGAAGGCCCAGACAAGACCACCUAUGGAGCUUUCGUUGACAUAAACCCCCGUCAGGAGAAGAUUACACUAAGAACCCUGAUAGAUCAUUCAGUUGUAGAAAGUGUCAGUGGGAAGGGAAGAGCCUGCAUUACCGCUAGAGUUUAUCCAGCUCUGGCCAUAGACAACCAAGCUCACCUGUACGUAUUCAACAACGGCACCGUGGAUGUCACAAUCUCAAGGCUCGAUGCCUGGAGCAUGAAGAAAGCUCAACUUGUUUCUGCCAAUAUAUAGAAAACCCCAUAUCAAUUGACAAUGUAGUUUUGAAUAAGGCUGGACAGAUCAUUGAUUACUCUCUAUUUGUACACAAAGUCUCUGGUGCAAUAACAGAGCUCUAUUUGCUCAAAAUUGAACAGAUCAUUGAUUACUCUCUA